ACAGAGCCAAAGAAGAGAUGGUGCCGUCUGAAAGGGAAUCUGUUCUAUCUAAUGAAAAAUAAGACCAAGAGUUUCAGAGCGGAGAGCCCGAUAUUUACCUUGAAGCUGCAUCAAGAGUUGAUUGUGAAUCUUGGGCUGUGGCACUUGGAGAGGCCAAUUCUGAAGGUCUGCGCAAUAAAAUCCAGCAGCUCCAGAGACUGAUCAUGGAAAUCAAGGAAGAGACGACGGCAGAUGAAGCACAGCAAUUUCUUCCCUCGGUACAGGCAGACAGUCUUGCAGAGCCUAAGCUUACAAGUCUUAAGACGACUGCCAGUGAACCAAAGUUUGAAUUCAGUCUUGCAUGCAAAGAUCUAGUAGCUCCUACUCGUGAUCGGAAGCUGAACUCGUUUGUGCAGAUCACAGUGUCGCAUCCAGGGGAACAGACGUCAGCUAGAUAUUCAAGCACAGAAAUUGUGGAGGGAACAAGAGACCCUCUGUUUUUGACUGGUGUGACGUUCCCACCGGAUUACCCUAUCUAUGAGGAGACGAAAAUAAAACUAACAGUCUACGAUGUUAAGGAUAAAUCUCAAGACACAAGAAGCUUCCUGGGUUGUGCAAUCUUUAAAGUAGGCGAGUUGGUGAAAUCAAAGGAGCAACAACUGACUCUCAGCCUGAGAAGCUCUGAUGGUGGAAAGACAGUUGGCACUAUAGACGUCAGCCUUGUGAAGAUGGGGGAGACAGAGGAUGGGAAGGCAAAUCACAAUGCAGCAGAUGUGCAGGGACAAAAGUGUGCCUUGGUUUAUGAGUGUUUAUCUCCUGAAAACAACCGUAGUAAAGACAAUUUGCCUUUAUUAAAUGCAGUAUUAAAAAACCCGAUCUGUAAGUUGUAUAGAUUCCCCUCUUCUGACAACAAAUGGAUGUGUGUUCGAGAACAGAUGUCUGAGAGCACUCUUUCUUUUCAUAUUCCCAAGGAACUCAUCAACCUGCACAUAAAGGAGGAUAUGAGAAGGAAUCAGGAUCUUAAAGAACUUGGUGAACUUUCUCCACAUUGGGACAAUAUGUGUAAAAGUGUUAUUGCACACUGUGAUCAAAUGUUGACUCUCUAUCAAGACAUGCUUGCAGAACUAGGGAAGUACACAGGCUCUUCCUUCAAAUCAAGCUGCAGUAAAGGGGAAAAGACACUAGAAUUUGUUCCAGUCAAUCUACAUCUGCAGAGAAUGUACGUGCACAGUCCUCGGUUGAAAGAUGUUCAGUAUGAUGUCAUUACUGUAGGAGCCCCUGCAGCACACUUUCAGGGAUUCAAAAAUGGUGGUCUUCAGAAACUGUUGAAUAAGUUUGAGUCAGAAAGGCGAAAUACUGGGUACCAGUGUAUUUACUAUUCACCGGAAAACACAGCCAAGGCAAAAGAAGUUCUCAGUAACAUCAAUCAUCUGCAGCCUCUCAUAUCAAGCCACACAGACCUGCUACUUAAUUCUGCCAGACAGCAUUUGCCAGACAGCUUGAAGAAUUCCUUAAAGACGCUUUCAGAAACGACAGAGUUAUUUGUACAUGCAUUUAAGGAUCAGCUGAUCAGAAGUGCCCUUUUAGCUCUUUACAUGGCCCGUCCAGGUUGUGUCCUAAAAAACCCAACUGUGCCAAGGAUCAGUGUUGAAGAUAGUGAUGAUCAUCCGAAUCAGGCGCAUCCACGCGAGAUUAAGAGACAGGAUUCUAUACCUCACCAUUCAGAAUAUGAUGAAGAAGAGUGGGACAGGGUAUGGACCAAUGUCGAAAAGAGCUUAAACUGCAUUAUUGCGAUGGUGGAUAGAUUGCUUGAAAAAGAAAACAUCCCCAGUGUUACAAAGGAAAAUGAAAGUGACCCUUCACCGGCAGAACGUGUGGCAUCUCCUAUAAGUGGUGACUGGUAUGAACAGCUUUAUCCACUCACAGCUACACUGAAGGACUGCAUUGGAGAGGUGGUGACUAGGGCAAGGCAAUCAAUGUCUUUUGUUCUGCUUCAAGAACUUGCAUGUAGUUUACCACAGUGUUUAAUGCUGACACUAAGAAGAGAUAUUGUCUUCAGUCAAGCACUAGCUGGAUUGGUCUGCGGAUUUAUAAUCAAAUUACACUCCAGUUUACAUGAUCAAGGCUUCCUCCAACAGCUUCAUACAGUGGGGCUAAUAGUUCAGUAUGAAGGACUUCUCAGUACGUACAGUGAGGAAAUUGGGAUGCUAGAAGACAUGGCUGUGGGAAUAUCAGAUUUACAAAAAGUAAUCUUUAAAAUAACUGAAGCUAAAUCAGAUGACCUUUUGCCUGUUAUAACUGGAAGGCGGGGUCAUUAUGUAGUAGAAAUCAAGCUUCCAGAAAAGAUGUUUGAGCUGCUGCCACAAGAAAUUAAAGAAGGAAAGCCACUCCGUGUGCACCCUGUCUUUUUCAACGUUGGAAUCAAUGAACAGCAAACACUUGCAGAAAGGUUUGGAGAUACCUCUUUGCAAGAAAGUAUUAACCAGGAGAAUUUGGAGCUGCUGAAAAAAUAUUACAAGUUGUUCACGGAAAAAAUGCCUCCUGAUUGCCUACCACAUUUUCAAGAACAGAAUGACUUAAAAGGAUUACUAGAAAAUCUUCAUCAAAAUAUUCAGGCUAAAAAAAGAAAGAAUGUAGAAAUCAUGUGGCUGGCUGCACUGAUUUGCCGCAAGCUCAAUGGAAUCCGAUUUACCUGUUGUAAAAGUGCCAAAGAUAGGACAUCAAUGUCAGUGACACUGGAACAAUGUUCAAUUUUAAGAGAUGAACAUCAGUUGCACAAAGAUUUUUUUAUUCGCGCACUGGACUGUAUGAGGAGCAGACAAACCCAGGGAGCACUGAAUGAAUCGGAUGAUCCCGAGACAGGCUGUCUAACUGAUAACAAGCCAACUUCUCGUCACUUCUAUCCUGUCGCCUUGCUGCUUGUCAGCUCACAUUUGCUGGUUGUGUGGCUUAUUUUAAGUCUUGCUCUAUUAUUAGCCAAAUAUCAGUAAAUUUCUUUUCCUUUCUUUUCUAUGAACCACAACAGCUUACGAUUUUUAAAAAAUGUGCUGUAUUAUUUCUACAUCUUCAUACCUGCAGAAUUUGUCCUUAAAAAGCCAAUGUCUUUAACUGUAAACAUU